AUGAAAUCACCAUUACGACCUCAAGACGAUCAAAAGCCAGAUACUACUCAGAAGCAACUUAUCAACGCCUGUCCUGUGCUUGAAGAAAGGUCUCGAGCACGCGGGAAACCUCGUGGCUACAAAGUAUCUCUGACUCAGAGUCUGAGUGCCCGACAUGAAAUCCUCAUGUUGAGAGCACAAGUGGAAGUAUUAGAGAAACGCCUUCACGAUCUGGACGCUAAAUGGACCAAGCAAUUACCGGAUGAAUACACGCUGGAAGCAGCAUUGCGUUCAGCCUGCGAAAAGUUCGAGUUAGCUCAGAGCAAAGCUAUACACAACCAGGUUCACGAUAUGGUUAUACAAGAGCAGAUUACCUUUGCAACGCUCCAGACUGCCAUUCUUCGCGCCCCGCUGCACUCGAAUGGACCAGAGAUCUUUAACGCGCUUCAUUUUGACACUCGUCUUGAGUCAGCGGGAGAAGAUGUUGAAGGCCCACAACGAACGUGCACUGGCAACAUCGACGUGACAGGCGGAGAGGAUCGCACGCUGGUUACCAGCGUGUUCAUUUCGGAAAUACCUCACACUUCGGUGGAGGAUGUAUACGCAGGUGUUCUUUCGUAUUUUGAGUCAAUGUCUACGUCCAUGAAGCUCCACUGUGAUAUCAACGUGAAACGAACAAGACUAAACCGUGAUGAUGCAUCCCCUUCAUACUGGAAAUCAGUCUUUGAGAACGAGGUUGGGUUACCUGCAGUAGUAAACCACGUCAUGUGCUCGGAACUCACAUCAUCACAUGGCAUUGCUCACCUCGAUUCAGUCAUCGAUUCGCUGCACCCAAGUAGCUCAAACGAGUAUGAUAUCAAUGGCCUCACCCUAACUCCGCAGAAGGAGUCUUCCACGGGGAGAACUGUAUCCGUGAUGCUGCGGUGUGUUGUCGUGUAUCGCUUCAAUAUGCAUCCAGACAACCCUUCUCUUCAGAGGAAGUUCGAGAAGAUUCGCCCAAUUUUGAAUGGAGACCUUAUCACUACUGCGAUAUGCAGCUACAUUAAAAAAAAAAAUGCUGCAGCAGGACAAACUCCAGACUCUAUCCAAUGUUGA